GUGUGUCAGUGUUUAUAUAUACAAUGUUAUACAUGACAGUGCAUACAUUAUAACAGACAAGUAAAAUACCUAUACGAUAAUACUAUUACAAAGUUUUUUAUCAUGAGAAAAUAAGCAAAUAAAAGGGGGAAAUGAUUGGUUAAUUGCCUAAAUUCAAUUGCUUGCAGUCACUAAGCAAGGUCAUAAAACUAGAUACACAUAAUUUCAAGUACUUUCAACUGUUCACUGUUUACUUCGUUUGAAUUACUAUCCGUGAAUUUAAGUUCUGAAUUAUAUCACAAGAAAAAAUUAUGCUUUGACACACAUUUCCCAUAAGGAUCCUACUAUUUACUAAAUGUUUGCAUGAUCACGGCCGUGUAGAAUGAGAAUCAUGUGUGACAAAAUACAUAUAAAUUUAUAUGGGUUAAUGUUAAAAGGAUACUUAUCUGCGUCACAUGCAUAUGUAUAAAUAUAAAUUUUUCUGACAGUUUUAUUAUUAUACAACCUUUGACAACAAAUGAUCUAGGUUAGCUUUAUGUAAAUGCCUCAUAUUUGGCUGCCUUUUCUAGCUAUUUUCCAGCUUUCUAGCCAUUAAUAUUCCAGUAGUAUAAAAAUAAAAACCUUUGUAGUGUAUCAGUCUCAGCUUAUGGGAUUUUGCAGAAUAGAAUAUGUGUACUGUUUACUUUAGAUUUCAUAACCCCCAUAACCUGUACUACAAUGCCACAAGAUUGGUUGUAAAUUACAGCUAGCAAGCAUUUUAUAUAAAUCGUACCUUUGGUGAACCUCACCUGUGAGUAUUUUAUCUGAAUAUCAAAAAAGCAGGGUGUGAGGCCCAAUGAUGAAAUUUAUUUCAACCCUGAGUUGGUUACCAUGCUGCAGUCCUUAAAGAAAACCAUCUCUAUGCUUAUGUUGGCUAAUGUGUCAGAGAUUCGUUAAAAUGAGAAAUUCAAAGUAUAAGAUUGACAAAUUAACAAAGGGAGAAACUAAUCCAGCAUUUGUUCUGGAUUCUGACCAAGCACCCUCAGAUCAGAAAGAGUCGACAAAACAAACUGUCAAUGCAACUGAAUUCCAGAUUGAAAGGAAAACAAAGAUAUAUGUAUUCAUCAGCCAUUUUAUGUCAGCAUGGGGGGACCGUAUGUGGUCCUUUGGGGUGGGGCUGUUCCUCAUCAGCCUGUCCCCUGACUCCCUCCAGCUGCCGGCGGUGUAUGGAUUCUCUUCGGGAGGGGCCACACUACUGUUUGCUGGACUUAUUGGAUAUUGGGUAGAUAAUACACCCCGACUAACAGCCGCCAGGGUUUCCUUAGUGAUUCAGAAUCUUUUGGUUGUACUGUGUGCUGCAGUUGUCUUCUGUGUUUUCUUCUUUGGAUUUGAUAAAGAGAGUCCUUCUGUCUCUGUCCUGUUGGUAGAAGGGAGCCGUGUUGUGAUUAUAGUGGUGUCCAUUUUGGCCGACCUCUCCAGUAUUGCCAGGAAGAUUGCCAUAGAGAAGGACUGGGUAGUGGAAAUUUGUGGCAGAGAUAAAGACAUGCUAGCUACAAUGACCUCCAAACUCCGAGCCAUUGACCUCUGCACGCAGAUCCUGGCCCCUAUCCUGACUGGUCAGGUCAUGACCUGGCUGGGCAUUCAGUAUGGUGCUGUGUUGAUCGGGGCCUGGAACCUAGUCUCUGUGUUCGUGGAAUAUUACCUCAUUCUGAAGGUCUACAAUGAAGUCCCUGCUCUGAAAAACAAGAUGUAUAAGAAAAAAGCAGAUCUUGUUGCCAAAUCAUCCCUACCUCCAGAGGAGGAAGAAGAAAGGGAGAUAACUGCUCCUGAAAAUGAGAACGCUGUCCCAGAGAAGAAGUCUGAUCUGGCAGGGGAGGUCACUGUUGAAACUGACAAAGAAAACAAAGAUCAGGACAAACCCAGCAUUGCUCCAGAGCCUCUACAGACCAGUGAAGAUAAGAAGGAGUUAAGUGGCUGCCAGUGGCUCCUGAGUAAGGUCUUCUACAGCUUCAUCACCCUCUACACCGGCUACAGGACUUACUUCAAGUAUGAGGUAGCCCUGGCCGGGCUAGGUCUCUCCUUCCUGUAUAUGACCGUGCUGGGGUUUGACAAGAUCACCAUAGGUUAUGCCUAUUCCCAGGGACUCUCUGAGGCAGUACUUGGAGGCCUUCAGGCAGCAGGGGCCUUGCUAGGAAUCAUGGGAGCUAUUUCAUAUCCCAAGAUCCGUCAGUGUGUAGGCUUGGAGAGGACCGGGCUGUUCGGUCUUGGAGCAGAGAUUCUCUGUCUGUGUUUGUGUGUUGUCUCCGUGUGGAUCCCCAACAGUCCGUUUGAUCUGUUUGGGUCGUCUACAACCCCGGUUCCUGAAACAUCAAGUGCAAUGUGUCAGAAUAGUACAUUCACGUACAACGCCAACGAAACAUCAGUGACUUCAACAGUUUACAAUGUCACAGAGGCUUUCAUAAAUGUUACCUUAUCACCUGGACUAAAUGUUACUCUCUGUAAUGAAACAACAUCUACUUCACCUGAAAUAACUCCAGAUAUCUCAAUAUGGCUUUUAAUGGUUGGAAUUAUUUCUGCGAGAUUUGGUCUGUGGGUGUCGGACCUGACCAUCACCCAGCUGUUCCUACAGACGGUUGAGGAGACGGAGCGAGGCAUCGUCAGCUCCAUGCAGAACUCCAUGAACAAGCUGAUGGACAUGCUCAAGUUUGUGAUGGUCAUUGUCGCCCCCUACCCCCACCAGUUCGGUCUCCUGGUCAUCAUCUCCUAUGUCUUCAUUUGCCUGGCCUGGGUGCUCUAUGCCGUGUAUUGUAGGAAAGUCCGUGGACAUUUCUUUCAUUUCGAGAAAGUGACUCGAUGUGUAAAUAACAAUCAGGCAACUCAACAGCAGUCAAACACGGAGACUGUUAAUGCUGUUUGAUGGCUUUGAAGCAUUCUGCCAAAAUCAUCAGGGUAGUAUAAAUUAAAGAUUUUCACAUUCAUAAAUCAAAAUGAGUAACUUAAUUGUUUGUUUUUUUCUUAUUAUACCAGUAUAUCUAAAAAUUAAUUUCAUUCUCAAAGCUAUUUUUUAAAUCAAUUUUUUACUACCGUAUCUUGGUUAAAAUUAUUUUAGUAUCUAUAAAUGAAACCAAAUUCAAAAGCAGGAUUUCACUGUUCAUGCUGCAAGAACCUACAUCUUAUUUUCUAAUUCUAGUUUCUAUGAAAGAAAAAAAAACUUGUGUAUCUUUCUUGACUUCACUGAGGACUUUAUCCAAUUCUUGUAUGGUGCGCAGCUUAUCCAUAUUAAAAUAUAAAGAUUGAUUUUAAAUUGAUGCAAAAUCAGACAGACAGAUGUCAGCCUAUCACUAUUUUCCAAUAUUUAAAAUCAUCCAUUGACAUCUGAUUUUAUUGUUGCUGAUGAUUUUUAUAAGAAUAUGUUUGAAUAUGAUGUAUAUGUGCUGUGAUACAUGUAUUUUCAUUGUUUUAUGUUAUUUUGAUCUUUAGGUAAUGAUCCAUUCAUUCUUAGAUAGUGUUCUGAUUGUACAUGUACAGUAGUUAGUGAAUGACACAAACACAAACAUAUAGGUCUGUAAUAGACACAAUUAUUUACCCAGUAUUUAUAUUGCCGGUACAAUAAGAAAAUGUUUUUAGCUCACCUGAGCUAAACUUUUCUUCUCAAGAACCAUUUGGCCAGGAAAGCUGAAACUUAUGUGGAAGCAUCCUCAGGAAGGAAGGAGUAGAUUCAAAAUUGUGAAAAUCAUGAUCCCUGGGGGUAGGGUUGAGCCACAAAGGGGGUCAAAUUUUUACAUUGGAAUAUACAGGGAAAAUCUUUAAAAAAACCCCAAACAAUUGACCAGAAAGUCUGAAACUUGGGUGGAAGCAUCCUCAGGUAGGGUAGAUUCAAGUUUGUUCAAAUUAUGAUCCUCAGUGGUAGGGUGGGGCCACAAUGGGGGGACGAUUUUUACAUCUGGAUAUAUAGAGAAAAAUCAUAAAAAAUCCUCUUCUCAGAAACCUAUCAGCCAGAAAUGCUGUAACCUGUGGAGAAGCAUCAAGAUUCAAAGUCCAAAUCAUGAUUCCUGUGGGAAUGGUGGGGCCAAAAUAGUGGGAGGGGGUUUGAAUAUUUACAUAGGAAUAUAAAAGGAAAAAUCUUUUUUUAGAAACUGAUCAGCCAGAAAAGCUGAAACUGGUGUGAAAGCAUUCUUGGUUAGGGUAGAUUCAAGUUUGAUGAAAUCAUGAUCCCUAGGGGUAGGAUGGGGCCACAAUGGGUAGGAGUCAUAUUUUUACAUAAGAAUAUAUAGGGAAAAUCGUUAAAAUUCAUCUUUUAAAAACAUAAUUUUCGUUAAAAAGCUGCAAUUUUAGUCAGUUCAGAUAGUUUAGAUUAAAAUUUGUCAAAAUUGUAAUAUUCAUGCGUAGGGUUGGCCUAACUGCAAUAAUGUAGCCCUCUCCUGAUUUUUUGUCUUUUGGGAGAAGGCUACAACUCUAUAGGAUCUCUGUAAUGGUGCAAGUGCGGAAGUGAUUCACUCCCGCAACGAUUUUGGCUCAUAUCGUAUAUAAAUGACAAUAACAUUUGCUUUUCUUACCUGAACUCAAACAUUGUAGUUGUGUUUGGAAAACAUUACACACAAAAACUCAAAUGUUAUUAUAUAUGGUUUUACUAAUAUGCAAGCAUUUUGACUUAUUGUUGGUUAAUUAGGGCCCCACUCUGCGGGCGCCCUAUAGUGACCAGUCUGUCCGUUUGUCUGUCCAUCCGUCUGUUCAUACGAGAUCUCUUGUCUGGAGCAUAUCUUCUCUCCCCUUGGCCCAAUCUGGCUCAAACUUCACUCAAAGAGUCCCUAUAGUCAAAGGGUGUGCAGUGAAUUUGAAGUUUGUAGGUCAAGGGUCAAGGUCAUAUUUGAUCAUGCAAAAAUUCUAUUUUUCAGAGCAUAUAUAUUCUCUCCCCUUGGCCCUAUUGGGCUCAUACUUCACAUAAACAGAGCUAUUGCGUAAAGGGUGUGCAGUGACCUUGAACCAAGUUUCAAGGUCAAAUUUGAAGGUCAGAGCAGAAUUAUAUGAAAAGUCUUUGUUCGGAGCAUAUCUUUUCUCCCUUUGGUCCAGUCUGGCUCAUACUUCACAUACAGAGUGCAUACGAUGAACUCUUAAGGGUGUGCAGUAACCUUUUAAAAUGAUGUUUGUAGGUCAAGUGUCAAGGUCGUAUUGGAUCAUGCAAAAUUCUUUUUUCAGCGCAUACUCUUCACUUGGCCCUAUUUGGCUCCUACUUCACAUUAACAGAGCUUUUGGGUUAAUGGUGUGCAGUGACUUUAUAAUUUGAACCAAGUCAAUGUGAAGGUCAUAGCAGAUAUCUUUAUAAUCAGUUUUAGACUGUAGAUUAUUUCCCAUUUGCUUAAUCUUGCUCAGGUUGAACAAAAAUGCCUGUAUGUAAGGGGAAAUGAGAUUGAAAUAAAAGUUUAUUGCCAGCUGGAAAAUUUCUAAGUUAUAGGGCAAGGUCAAAGAAAAAUUCUCUGAAAUGCUUUUCAUCCUAUUGACCAUUAUGUAAGUGGGGCCCUUUGAGAUGGUCACCAUCUCAAUGUUGUCUAGUUAAAAUUGUUUAGACCCUGGUCCCUAGACAAUUCUUGGGCCUCACAAGGGGUUCAAAGUUUGAUGUAGGUUUAUAAUCCAUAUAUAAACAAUUGUGUAAGAUCUUUUCAAGAACUGCAAUGAUCAAUAUGUGAUAUGACCAUCUUGUUACAAAGGGGAUCAAUGAUAAACAUAAGAAUAUGUUUAGGAGAAUUUUUUAUACAGGAUCUAUUAUACAACAUUGUUCAGAUAUUUUGUAUAUGAAUCCAUAAAGCUGAUUUUAUGUCUAUUGUUGCUCAGGUGAGCAAUGUGGCCCAUGGGCCUCUUGUUAUCAAUCUUAAACUUUUAAGUUUAUAAUGAGUACUGGUAGUUGUUUUAUAAAUUCUUAUAUUUAAUAAUUUUACAGAAAAUAAAAUCAAUAAUUUUCCAGAAUACUUUUUGUUAUUGGUUUAAAUAUGCUACAUUAAAUGAAGGUGCUAUGAUGGAGAAAAAAAACACCCAGUCAAGUGUUUUCAGAUUUUAUUCUAAGCUGGAAUCAAACAAGUGCACUUACUAAUGCACACUUCUUUUAAAAUCACAACAAUAAAAGUCUGAAUAUAAAAAGUGUAUCUAAUUAUCACAGAUAAACAAUAAUACCAAUAUUUACAGCAGAUUAAUAGAAAAUGGCAUUAAAUAAAACAGCUUGCUACUCACUCUGUGGAGCUGACUGCUUAUUUGCUAUAUCAAUGGCAAGUCACAAUUCUGGUUCAAUGAUUUCUUCAUAAUAUUGCAAAUGCACUGUAUGACAAAUUAUUAUAAACUGAUCAUUAUUUUGAUUUCUCAUCACAUGGUCUAUAAAUAUGGUAUUUGGAUCAAAACAUGCUGCAAUAAUGAAUGAGUUACAUGCUCAUAUAAUGUAUAAUGUAUUUGAUAUGCAUUACAAUAGCAGCUCAGCAGUAUUUUAUACUGGAACUAUGGAACAUUGGGUAUAAUUAUUGAAGCACCUAUUCGUACAACUAAACAUCAGCACAAUUCUUGGAAAUUUUGUAGAUCAAAAUUCACCAUUUGUAUAAAGUAAAACAAUACAUGCAAUAAUCGGUUCCUAGUGUAUUCAGUCUUUCUGAACACACCCAUGGAAUGUCAUGUCCUUCCCUGAUUAUAAAUGAUUGUCUUUGACUUGAAUCUUACUAAUUGUCCAUGCUCACAU